AUGGUAACUCAGUGUAUACGUUUCGAUCAACUUAUGUCAAAUAGUGAUCCGCAUGAAAUGGAUAUGUAUAUUCAAAAUUUGGUAGAAAAAUUCAAUGCCAGAUUACGUGGUGUUAAUCAACUUGUUUCAUUAAUGCCAGCAUUAAUAUCACCAUUAGCUCGAUCUAAUAUAUUUAUGUUUUUUGGUAUUGAUUGUACUCAUAUAACAUGUUCACAUGUACGACCAUCCAUUGUUGCUGUUGUUGGAUCAAAAGAUUCUACAAAUACACAAUAUGCUGCUCGUAUUUUACAACAAUUUCCACAAAAAGAAAAAAUCGCAUUUGCAAUCAUAAAUGAUCUUCAUAAAUAUGUUGUUGAAUUAAUACGUGUAUUUUCAAAUCAUAAUUCAUGUUUACCAAAUAAACUUGUUUUUUAUCAAGUUGGUCUUGAUGAUGGAUCAUUUGAAAAAAUGCUUGAUAACGAAUUACGAGCUAUUCAACGAGCAUGUCAAGGAACAGUUCUUGAUACCGAUAUUGUUUCACUAAAUGGUUUUGAGUUUUAUCUUAAUUCUGAUGCAACUAUUCAAGGUACAUCACGACCAAUGCUUUAUAAAGUAUUAUAUGAUGAAAUUGGUUUUACAUUAGAUGAUAUUCAACAAUUAACAUAUUAUUUAUGUCAUAUUGAUGUUCGAUGUACAAAAGCUAUAUAUGUUCCAGCUCCAGUUCAUUGUGCAACACUUCAUGUUUCGCAUCAUCUUGAACUUCAUUAUAAAAGUCAAAUGUCAAAAGACAUGAAUGAAAUAAAUCAUGUAUUAGAACAUACAUGUUUAAGUACCGAAAAACAAAGUCAAUUGUAUUCCAAAUUCAAGACUACGAACAAUAGUGAUAUGGCGGUUCGAAACAGAUAUUUCAAUGAACCUUGUCAUUAG